UCAUUGAUCUCUUUCUCUUAACUUCCCCUUCACUCUCUCUCUCUCUAAGAAAUUUCCCUCUCUCUCUCUUCCCUUUUCAACACUUAUAAAAGCAGCAACUUCUUCUUCAAAUCCCUCCCUCAUGGCCACCACCAUCUUAUGCGCAUCUCAUUCCCAUUCCAUUCACUUCUCUUAGCCUUCAUUCACACACUCUGUUUCCCCUUUUUCCCUCUUCUUUAUAAUAGCCCCGAAGGCCGAGGCGAAACGAUAGCAGUUUUAUUAUAACAACUCGACCGAAUUGUCCAAUCAUUCAUGGACUCUGUCGGCAAGAAGUCAAUGAAGAACCAAAACCAGAGAGCGGGUUUGAUUCAGCGGCUGAGAUGCUCCGUUCAAAACUACGAUUGGGGGAAGAGGGGUCAUGAUUCCCAAGUGGCCAGGCUCUCUGCUUUCAACUCUGAUUCUGGGAUUAACCCAGAAAAAUCAUAUGCUGAAUUUUGGAUGGGAACCCAUGAGUCCGGACCUUCUUUUUUGAUUCGGAAUUCGGAUGAGAAUAAUGGGUUUUUCCCAAUUGGGUCCGAGAUUACAUCUCUCAAAGAUUGGGUUUCCAAAAACCCAAAUGUGCUUGGUGAGAAGGUGAUCCAAAAAUGGGGCUCUGACCUCCCUUUUCUGUUCAAGGUGCUUUCUGUGGGAAAGGCAUUGUCAAUACAGGCACACCCAGAUAAGGAUUUGGCCAAGAUUUUGCACAAGUUGAUGCCAAAUGUUUACAAGGAUGCUAAUCACAAGCCUGAGAUGGCCCUUGCUACUACACACUUUGAGGCUCUUUGUGGUUUUAUCAAUCUUAAGGAACUCAAAGUUGUGCUUGAUAAUGUCCCUGAGAUUGAAGAACUGGUUGGCAGUGAAGAAGCAAAAAAAGUAUCCGGAAUCACUGAUCUAGACGAGGAGGAGAAAGUAAAGUCUGCUCUGCGUUCACUUUUCACCCACCUCAUGUUAGCUAGCAAAGAGAUGAUAACCACAGUAGUUACGAAAAUGAAAGAUCGUUUACAUGUCGAAAGUCAGGCGAGGCUUUUGACAGAGAAGGAACAGCUGGUGUUGCAGUUGGUCAAGCAAUAUCCAACUGAUGUGGGUGUUAUAUCUGCCUUCUUCUUGAACCAUGUGAAGCUUAAUCCCGGCGAAGCGCUGUACAUUGGAGCUAAUGAACCUCACGCUUACAUAUUUGGCGAGUGCGUUGAGUGCAUGGCAACCUCGGACAAUGUAGUGAGGGCUGGCCUUACUCCGAAGCAUAUGGAUGUUCAAACGCUUUGUUCAAUGCUGUCAUACAAGCAGGGGUAUCCUGACAUCCUGCAAGGAGUUGCAAUAGGUCCUUAUGUGACAAGGUACCUCCCACCUUUCGAUGAAUUUGAGGUUGAUCGCUGUCAACUUCCGCAGGGAGAAUCAGCAGAGUUCCCUGCAGUCCCGGGGCCUUCGAUUUUUGUGGUCACGUUCGGGGAGGGAAUCAUGUAUGCAAGCAAUGUUCAAGGUGAUGUAAUUACAGAAGGAGACGUUCUUUUCGCACCAGCAAACACUCGGAUUCGCAUAACAGGCGCAUCCGAGUUGCAGAUAUACCGAGCGGGUGUGAGCAGCAUGUUCUUCCAAGCCUCGUGAAUUUCGUUACACAGCUGCACACCUUAGCUUUAGUGCAAAGCACAUAAUUUAUGAAUUUUGUAUUUUUUGAUUUUUUUUACAAUAAGCGUAUGUAAUAAAUGUAGUAAUAAUAUUAGCACUGUCAUGAGAAUGCCUGUGCUGGUGUGCAAUGAAAUGUAGUAAGAAGUAUACGGAAUAAAAAAUGCAUCAAUUUGAGUCC